AUGACCGGACGCGGAAAGGGUGGCAAGGGCCUCGGCAAGGGUGGUGCUAAGCGUCAUCGCAAGAUUCUUAGGGACAACAUUCAGGGUAUCACCAAGCCCGCUAUCCGCCGUCUCGCCCGUCGUGGUGGUGUCAAGCGUAUUUCUGCUAUGAUCUACGAGGAGACCCGUGGUGUUCUCAAGACCUUCCUCGAGGGUGUCAUCCGUGACGCCGUCACUUACACCGAGCACGCCAAGCGCAAGACCGUCACCUCCCUCGACGUUGUCUACGCCCUCAAGCGCCAGGGCCGUACCCUCUAUGGUUUCGGUGGUUAA